AUGAAAGCUAUUAAAAUUCCUCAAGCAUCAUUAGUCGAUGUACACGGUAAACCAGUGGGAUUAAAUAGUGAUGAUCCAGACAAACACAUAAAAAAAGGAGAAUCAAAUACUGAAAAUAAUAAAAAUAAUGCAAAAUAUGUACCAGGACCACAAGAAUCAACUUUAACAGUAAUAGGAGAAACUCCUCUACAUAUUGCCAUUGUUUAUAAUGAUAUUGAAUCAGUUAAAUUAUUGAUUAAACAUGGUGUAGAUGUUAAUAAACGAGCGGUAGGCAAAUUUAUUGGUCCUGAAAAUAUCAAAACUAAAAAGAAAUCGCCUAAACAAUAUAAUCCGGAUGAAAGUAAUUAUGAAGGUUAUGCUUAUUUUGGUGAAUAUCCAUUGGCAUUUGCUGCCUCAUUUGGUCAUCCAGAAAUUUAUGAUUAUCUAAUUGAACAUGGAGCAGAUCCAAAUCUACAAGAUACUUACGGGAACACGGUACUACAUAUGGUUAUUAUCAAUAAUCGAGUGGAUAUGUUCAAACAUGCUGUUAGACAUCCAAUGAAAAAAUCAUUACCCGAUAUUCGGAAUAAUUCUGAUUUAACACCGCUAACAUUGGCUGCAAAAUUAGGACGAAAAGAUUUAUUUCUUGAAUGCUUAGAAACAUCAAAUGUUGUAUGUAUUCAGUCAUUUUACAUUAAAAUUAACAUUAAAUGUUCAACUUAUCCAUUAGAGGGACUUGAUACAAUUACAGACGGUGGUAAAAUAGAUUGGAAUUCUUCACUUACAUACAUUGUUAAUGGAAAAACUGAAGAACAUCUGGAAAUGUUGGGCAAUAUGGUUAUUGAUCGUCUUCUUAAUGAUAAAUGGUCAACAUUUGCCAGAGCUAAUUUUAUACGUCAACUAAUUUUACUUAUUAUGCACAUCUGUUUUCUCAGUACAGCUGUAUUUUUACGUAGUCGUGAUGAUGAUGGUAAUGAUGAGAACAAUAAAAUUACUCCUCAAAAAAUUAUUUGUCAUAUAGCAGAAAGAAGUUUUCCAGAAAAAGCUGUUUAUCAAUGUUCAUGUAUACUCCUCAUAUCAGCCGUGCCAUUUAGAAUUUUGUAUUUAGCAACGAGAGAUGUACUCUAUGCACACAUUGAAGAUGGUCUAUUGUCAUUAGCUAUUCCAGGAACAUAUUUAUUUUGUCUAUUUUUUGGACGUAUUUAUGUACUAACUGGUGCAUUUAUUGUCAUGAUAUUUGAAAUGAUAACUGGCGAUAUAGCAACGUUUGGUGUUAUUUAUUUGAUUGUUAUUACUACAUUUGGACAUGUAUUCUUCUUAUUAUUUCGUGAUACAACUGAAGGUGGUAGCUGUGAUAGAAUCGUGCCCAAUAGUACAUGUGGAAAUGAUAAUACAUGUUCGUAUAAAAAUUUUGAAGCAUGGAUGACAAUGGUUCAUUUUACGAUGGGAGAAUUUGAUUUUUCAAAAUUUGAUGUUACACAUUAUGCGUUUUUGGUAAAAUCAUUGUUUAUUGUCUUCAUGAUAUUAACACCAAUUCUUUUAUUAAACAUGUUAAUUGCAUCCAUGGGUAAUACGUAUCAACGUGUUAUUGCCAUAUCAGAAAAAGAACGACAACGACAGUGGGCUCAGUUAGUGCUCACCAUUGAGCGUUCAUGUUCAGCACGACAACGAUUAAGCUAUCAAUCAGUAUAUUGUGUUGGUUUACCUGAACGACGAGAUUUAAUGGUAAUUAAAGCGGUGCCAAAAACAAAAGCAGCACAACGGAAAGGGGCCAUUGGAAGUUGGAAGCGUAUGGGUAAAUUAGUGUUAUAUUUGUUGAAAGAACAAAGUGCUAAUGCUCGGUCCGUACGUUUACGGCGUGUGUCUCAUCAAUCUGUUGUUCUAAAACCAAAAGCACAUUUUGAUACAAUGUUAGAAACACUUGCGUGGGAAAGAGAUUUAGAUUUAUCAUUACCAAAAAAUGUUCAGUUAGAUUCAUCACAAAAUACAAAUGAAUUACAUGUAAGUCAAUUGUCACCAUAUUCACCACCACCCGUAUUUGAAGAAGAACAACUAGAACAUGAUGCUCCUCGACCAGAAAUAGCUACGGCACAGACGCUGUUAUUAGACGCUGAAGAGCAACAACAGCAACAGCAACAGCGUCCUCGCCGUACAAUAUCUGGUGAUUUGAUACCAGUGAAUCGUACUGAAUUAUCUGAAAUAAGAUCGCGACCGUCGUAUGUUAAUUACGAUGAUUUAGAUUUUAUACAAAAAACAGAACGACAACAUCGAUUUUCUAUGGUACCAGUUGACAGUGAAGGUUACACGGAUCUGUUACUCGACCAACAAAAACAGUCGUCGGAUAAUGAGAAUAAUCAUCUUGUAGUCAAAGGUAGAGGUAAUCGUCGGAAAAAAAGUUUAAUAAAACGACAAUCAUCAUCAUCUAGUAUAAAAUCGAGAACAAGUGAAACAACUUUUUGUUAG